AUGUUCUACUUGGACGAUGUGUCGGAAAUGGUUGAGCAUGUGCACCGCAAGGCAAUGGCGGCCGAGCAGCGCCAGCAGGUGCAGGAUGUUUGGGAGGUGGGGGAGUCAACGAAUCGAGACGAAGCGAUGAUGCAAGCAUUUCUCUGCCGAUUCGCCGAUAGUCUUGCAACGCGAUCGCCGGAGCCUUCGCUUGGUGCUGCGCCGCGCCUGAAGUUGCCGAAGCCGAGCUCGUGGUGUGAAGAGUCCCAGGCCACACCGUCGCCGCCGUAG